AUGGGUUCAUCAUCAUCUAAAGCUGUUCGGAAAUUACCUACCACCUCCUCGUCUGUAUUGCGUACUAAAGGAGCAGCUACACCUGCAGCUGGUUAUGGUCCAACUUCGACUGAAGGAGUUUCACCUUCUACUCCUCCCAACGGAGGAAACCCUGCUCCCAAUCCGACGACGGAUGGACAGACAUCCCAAGUACCUCCAGAAGGUAAAGAGUCGGAUCCACUGAUGGAAGCUCCAAACUACCUUGAACAGGGUCUAGGAGGUGAAACCAGAGCUCCAUCAUCUCAACCUGGAGCUCAAGGUGGCUCAGGUUUGAAAGGCGAUAAAUUCUCUGAUUCCACAUCAGAUAAAGGGUUGGCAAGAGGCGGAAUGGGCAGAGUAGAGUUCUCGGGCGCAAAAGAUGAUGCUAUCAGAAGAGACGCCAUGGAUCCCCAAUUCAUGAACAACCUAAGUAGAUUGGGUCAAGUGAAGAUCCAUGACGCCGGAGAGUUUAUCCCCGCUCAAGCUCAAAGAACAUUAGCGUCCCGAUCCUCCCAUCCAGAAUUCACAGCGGCCACUCAAUCAUACUCCGCUCCACCCGUUAAUCACCUUACCAUCACACUCCUAGUUUCCUUAUUGGACAGACUCAAGUCUCUCGCUCCUGGCUCAGAUGCCUUGGCCUUAUAUAAGGAGUUUGGCGUCGAUAAGAGCGUGAUGGACGAUGUGAGGAAGUGGGUCAAUAGCGUUAGCGUGGCUGAGACUGAUGAAAUAAGGGUUGAAGACGGUGAAGAAGUGAGAGAAAUGAAAGCUGUUUGGGUAGGUGGGUUGGCCAAGUAA